GGUUAUUGUGUGUAUAACAGGACCACCCCCCCUUUCCUCUCCUAUUAUUCCAUGCCUUUUUCCUUACUCUAAAAAGUCCUAUAAACCCCACAUGAACACUCUGUCCAAAUCCCUCUUCCACAUUUUCCUUUUCAUCAAUCUUACUUCAAACUUUCUUUAUCAAUUAUCAUCCAUAUUCCAAACUCACUUAUGGCUUUCAUUUUCUUGUUAGUGAUCCUUUUCAAGUGAAAGUUUAUAGUAUUAAUCAUAAUUGUAUUGUAGCAAAUGGGGGAAAGUAAUUUUCUCUUGGAAUUGGUGUUUAAUUUCAACUUGUUAUGUAAAGAAAUAUUUGAUUUUUUCUCAGUUGUUUCUUCAAAUCCUCUGUUUUCAUGCAUUGUUUCAUUAUGGACUUUGGUUCUUAUUUAUUUGCCUUAUUCAUUCUUCAAAAUAGUUUUCUCACCAGUUUUGAUUCUCACUGGGAUUCUGUUGGUUAUAAUACUUCGCUUUGGUUCUAUUCAGAGAUUUAACAGUGAAGCAAAGGGAAAUUUGGGAGAAUCAGAAUCUGUUACUAAUGAAGAAAACCGAGAUGAGAAACAGGGGAAAACAGGGGAACAAGUGGAAAUUGAUUCUCUCGACCAAAUUUUCAAGUCGGUCUCAAGAAAUUCUGAAGAAAAGUUGAAAUCUGAAAUGGGUUUUGAAUCAAACUCGUUUCUUGAUGAGUCUUUCGUUGAAUGGAACGUGAAAGCGCCAUUGGAGGUUAUAUAUGAAGGUGAAGAAACAGAGGAUGUUCAUGUUUCUAAUGAGAAUUGUGUUUCAGGAAUUUUGAGGCACUCUUCUUUAUCACGUUAUUAUCCUGAAUCAGACUCGGAUAGUUCAUCGGAGAAUGAGUUUCCGGCAAUGGAGAAUUGGGACUCGCCGGAAAACAUGUGUUAUAGGUGGGAUGAAGAAGACAGAGAAGGGUUAAUUGAGAUAGCUCUUGAUGGUUGUAAGAAGAAAGUGUUGGGAUUUCAGUUUGAGGAAGAGAAUAUGAUCGAAAUCGACAUUUCUCCGACGAAGCGGAGGGAGUUUUCCGGCGAUGAGGAGCUGUUUUCUGGUGAGAUUAGUUGUAACUAAUGUGAGGUUUAAGAAAGAUUAACAUAGUAGUGUAUUAUUAUCAUGUGAUUUGUUUGGGGAUAAGUGAAUAGGUUUAGAGAUUUGGAAUUGUAUUGGGUUUUGUCAUGGUAUGCCUCUUUUGGAUGUGGUAUCUUUGAGGUAUUCUAUCUAUCUAAGCUUCAAGUGCAAUUAAUCAACCUAAUUUUACA